CGAUCCACCUGGUACGAGGUAACGAUUUUCUCUGGAGCUAAAUUAUAAAGUAUACUUUGAGAAUGGUGCGAAGUGGUUACCACCAGCUGCAUGUCAACAGAAGGAGAUUGCAGAGUUUUGAUGACCUGAGUUUAGAUAUUUAUUUGCAAAUAUUUACAACUCCUUCGCAAAACGCGCUUGAAUUGGACCUUUGGUUUUAAACAACUUUAGAACGCCCUCAGCACCUCUCUCUCUCUCGGAUAGCAAAUGCUGCACUUGGCUUCUGAACAGCGAGGCUGUAAACCAUAGUGAGCUGGUCGAUAUUCAUCUCCACGAGAGGCAGAGCUGAGCCGGGAGAAACAGCAGCGGCAGCAGCAACAAAACAAAACCAGCAACAGAAACGCUCCUGCUUUUCUCCAAAAAAAAACACCCAAGAGCUUCUCGUUUUACUUCAUCUGGUCCGGGAGGACAGAACUUAGAACUUGCACCGGGGGCUCGGCAGCAUUGGAGGGGCCAUUCCGGACAACUUGCUGGCCUGUCUCCCUGCCCCCCCCCCCCCCCCCAACCCCUCACCAAACCCCAACCUCCUCCUUCAAUUCUGGUGCUUUUCGAGCUUUUUUUUAAUUUUAAACCCUCUCUCGAGGGUUCUGUUUUUAAUGCCUCCUCUUUUUGGCUGGUUUGCUUCUUCGUUUCGCUUCCAGAGCGGCGGCAGCUGAAUGUCAGUCCAGCCAGUUUAACAGAGGGAUCGCUACGCGGUGACAACGAAGCUGAAGGCAAGCAGGGGGAAAAAAAAAGUCUUUCUCCUCCCCGCUGUGUCUCUCUCUCUCUCUCCAUGCAACGCGCCGUUCAGAGAAGUUUUACUCACUGAGAACCAUCCGUGCAAAGAGGCUGGGGGGGCGAGAGAGUGAAGGACCUCUGUCCGAACAGGGACAACCGAAUCGAAAGAGAGAGGGAGAGAGAGAAGACAACAGGACUAGGGACUUUGUGAGUGUCGGGAACAUCCAGAAACAGACUGCAAAGAAAAGCAAUGACUACAGAGUUGGCCAUUAAUGCAGAGUUGCCUACUAGCCCGCUAGCCAUGGAGUAUGUCAAUGACUUUGAUCUGAUGAAAUUCGACGUGAAGAAGGAGCCCUUGGGAACUGACCGCUCCGGGAGACACUGCAACCGGUUACAGCCCGCGGGCUCGGUCUCGUCCACCCCUAUCAGCACGCCGUGUAGCUCGGUGCCUUCCUCCCCCAGCUUCAGCCCCACCGAGCAGAAGACCCACCUGGAAGACUUGUACUGGAUGACGGCCAACUACCAACAGCUGAACCCGGAGGCGCUGAACUUCAGUCCGGAGGACGCGGUGGAGGCUCUGAUCGGGAACGCUCACGCUGUCCAGUUGCAGCAGCAGCAGCAGCAGCAGCAGCAGCAGGCGGCCUAUGAUGGCUUUCGGGGUCACCAUCACCACCAUCACCACCAUCACCAGUACCCAGGUGUGAGCCCGGACGAGCUAGGUAACGGUGCCCACCAUCCACACCACCACCACGGGCAUCACCACCACCACCAGCAGCAGCAGCAGCAGCAGCAGCAGCAACACGGCUCUCCAGCGUCGGGCACCUCAUCUCCCUCGCAGCAAAUCCAGAGCUCCCCCCAUCACCCGGGCCUGCACGCCGAGGACAGGUUCUCGGACGAGCAGCUGGUCAGCAUGUCGGUGCGGGAGCUGAACCGGCACCUCCGGGGUUUCUCCAAGGACGACGUGAUCCGCCUGAAGCAGAAACGCCGGACCCUGAAGAACCGCGGCUACGCGCAGUCCUGUCGCUACAAGCGGGUGCAGCAGAAGCACCUGCUGGAGAACGAGAAGACCCAGCUCAUCCAGCAGGUCGAGCAGCUCAAGCAAGAGGUAGCCAGGCUGAUGAGGGAGCGAGACGCCUACAAACUCAAGUGCGAGAAACUCGCCAGCAAUGGCUUCAGAGAGGCUGGGUCCACCAGCGACAACCCGCCGUCGCCAGAUUUCUUCAUGUGAGUCCCCUAACGCCUGCCAUCCUCCAUCUAUAACACCCCAUCCAUAUGCCUGCUUGAGAAUUGUUAGAGAGAGCGAGAGCGAGCGAGCGAGAGAGUUACUUAUCUACAACAUUGCCCAUCCAUGUAUUGCCUGUGUUGGUUUUAUAUAUAUAUAGAGAGAGAAAAAAUAGAAAACCUGCAUUUAAAACACACACACACACACGCAUACACAAAUUAAUCCUGCAUGCUGGACAUGUAUGGUAAUAUUUUCUAUUUUGUACCAGUUUACUUUCCUCGGCAUGGCGUUGUUCUUAGCUUGUGUAUUUGAAAGAAGUUAUCACAGAAUAGUUGAACUUUUUACUGUCUGUGCAGUCCUCGGUUUUUUUAGCUGACGAAUAUAACAGCUUGUAAAUAAAUGCAGCAAGAACUGUGUCCAUAUGCACUGAACAAUUUCAGCAGGCUGUGUUUUUUUUAAAUGAAUCUUUUUUUCGGGGGGGGGGGGGAGGGGGGNNGGGGGGGGAGGGGAGGAAAGUUGUGGGCAAUUUUCCGCUUUAACAGAAACCAACAUUGUAACUUCUGCGCAUCUUCAUUCUUUGUUUCGGUUACUUUAUUUCCCUCGUUGUUUUGUUUGCUGCAGUUUUUGUUUUAAAAAAAGGAAAUGGACAGAUAUGAAUAUAUACCACACAAUUAGCAACAGUCUUUCCUUGUGCCAUUAACGUGUUAAUUUUACCUGGCGCUCUGAACAUGGGCGGUGAUUGCUUCAGAAUUUAGCUGAUUUAAGACUAUGACACUUUUUUAAAAUUAGUUUUUUUUUGGAUACUCCAAUUGUAAACUGUUCGUCACACAGUAGGAAGCUGUAUUUGUUUUAUAAAUGCGGUUAAUUUCCUAAAUCCCUGCCAAAUCUGGAGACAGAAAGAGAAAGGUCAAGUUUUGGGUUCUGUAUGUUGUAAAUCCAAUGCUUGCUAACAAAUAUACAGUCACUGUAGUGAGAAUGUUUUAAAGUUUUUUUUUAAGAAAUCUGAAAUUGAAACUAUUUUUUAUUACUGACAGUGUACGAAGGCUCCAUUAGCCAAGCUGGUCGGCUAAAGCCUUCUUUACACCAAAGUGAUGCUUGAUUAAUGUACUCUCUUUAAUUCUCGAUAGUAUGCAUUCUUUUUCUGUGUGCAAGAUCAGUGUGUAAGAAGCACUGAUACAGUGUGACCAAAUUGAAAACUCUCUUUGUAAACCGCGCACUGCUGAGCGGAUGCAAAACGGCGUCUGACCUAAGUGAGUUUUUUUUAAAAAAAAAUGAAUAAAAUCUGUUAAGUUAACAUGAAUAUAACUGGACGGCUUGAAAACAUUUGUGCGUCUUUACUUUUUAAAUAUUGUUAAAGCAUGAUUAUUUUUCUCCAGUCGAGAAGAGAGAAAUAAAACAUUGAUUGUAGUGAUUGAAACGACCUCAUGCAGAUUCAUUAACUGCUCACAAAAAUUGCUCCCAUAAAUUCUGAAGAGAUCAUAAGCAGACAGCUUAUGGGAAUGACGAUGCCUUUCAAUUAUCUGUUCCGAUCUGGAGUAUGGUGGUGUUAUCCAAAAAAAAAGAGAUGGUUUCUGUCUUUUCUCUUUUGUUCUGUGAAGACUGUUUUUUUUUCUAUUAUAUGCUUAUUAAAGUCAUUCAAAUGGCAUUUAUUUUGA